UUUAUUAAGGGCUGAAGUUUGCAAAAAUAAUGGCAAAGCCUUUGCAAAAGGAAAGAGAUAAUCGGUCGGCCGAGAAGAAAGACCUAACUUUCCAUGCGUAUACAAUAACAUCGGAGAGCGCUCAUACUUCGAUACUGCUUUUGGAGUCUACUGAACCGGAGAUACUAUGUCAGACACUUCGAGCAAUUACAAAGUUCUCCGCUCAAGAUAUUCAGAACCGCUACGUGCUAUUCAAUCUGAACGUGAUCCACUACAUCUUACCACACAUAGAACACCGUGAGCUAAAUAUUCGCAGGUUCGCGCUAAAAGCUCUAGCGCAGCUCUGCCAACUGCCGCGCGGUCCAGAGCAAGUGCUGGUAGACCCGCAGAACUUGAGGAAGAUCGCAUACAUAUUGGUGAAGAUUGAAGAUGUAUUCGUCCUAGAAUUUGCAUCACUAGUUCUAUCAGAGCUGACCAGAGAACCGCUCGGUUGCGAGCAACUGGUGUCUGCCAAUAUUCUGAGCAGCCUUUUCUCGAGGAUGAAGAACAGUCUUGACCCUGAUGUGCAGAAGAAUUGCCUGCAGACCCUCAGUCACCUACUAGACGACCCGGUCUGUGCUUCAGAAGUAACCAAGAACCACCUAUUCAGUUGGCCCUCAAUCCUAGCACUGAUGCAAAGCAAAUACCUGGCCAUACAACAUGCAGCACUUAGGACGGUGGAUCAGCUGAUAUGUCGGUACAAUGAUGCGGUAGUGCAGAAGACUUUUAGAUGUUCCACGGGGGUGUUGGAUCUUUGUGAUAUUUUAGAGUCGUACGAGUUCCACGACGUUCACACGGUGGUGUUAAACGUUCUCAAGAACUACGUCGAAACCGAAGAGAACGCGUCUCAUGUAUACCAGUCCGGAUGUGUUCUGCGGCUGCUGUCAUACUUGGAGACGGCGCCGCCGGCGAUGAAGCAGUACUGCUUGGCUGUGCUCACUAAGAUAUCCUUCUCUUCUAGCGGCAGAGACGCUCUAUACGAGACGGGAACAGACCUGAUCUUCUGCCAGCAACUCCUCGGAUCCAACGUGGCUCUGCUGGCUGAUGCAGCGAUGGGUGUCGCCAACAUGACCAAGCUGCUGCCCUCUGCAGUGCGCAUGUCCGACACCAACAUUAUCGAGGCCCUUUGUGCGAUACUAAGCGACGACGCAGCGGCGUGGUUCUACACCAGAAUAAACACGCUACAGGCUCUGGCCGCCCUCUGUCUGAAGAUCCCGAAGGCGGCAAACAGUCUCGUGGAGCCGAAGAUGUUUGCAGCUCUGAGGAAUAUUAACAAAAAGUUUAAAGACAACCCAAUAGAAGCACAGCGUCUGGUCGUGCAGUGCUACAUGAAUCUCCAGACUUAUAACGUCGGCAUUAAAGCCAUGCUCAAUGUCGACUUCGUUCAAGAGAUGGUUAACAUCUUGCAGCGCAUUGAUAUCAGUUUGAAGAAGAAUGCUUGCAAUGUGCUAACUGGUCUCAUGGCCGAGCCAGUCGCAAAGGACUUGUUCACCCGCUGCACGGGCGAGGAGAUGGUGUCAACGAAUCUGCACAUCAAACACGUCGGGUUUAACACGGCGUUGUGCAUUCUCAUCACGGCCAGCGUGACGGAUGUAGGAGCGGAUGUGUAUCUACGCCUUGGUGCUGUGCAUUUUAUGGUUGAAAACCGUUUAGCAAGAUACGUGGUGGGCGCCUGGGAGCCCACCCUGGAGGCGAUCUUCCGGCACCAUCCCUCAGCUAAGCUGGCCUAUACUGGACGGCUGGAUAUAAACGACUAUACCCGGGAAGGCUUCUACGUUCAAAAGCGGCUGUCCUCUCCGUUCCCCACCAUCCAGGAGUUGAUGGACAAACCCCCGCCCCACGAGGACGCCGUGUUCAUAUCCCUGUUCCAACCCCCAGUCUCCGAACCCGGGGUCGCUUCUGGCAUCGAUUUCGGACAAAAUCAGUCCCGUAGUAAAUCGUCACUUACUACGUCCCCCUCGAUGAGAAUGUGGCUGCCGCUCCCCGAUGAUAUCAACUUACGAGGAUACGUGCUCCAGCAUCGAUUCUGGUUUGGCGAUCCAACAAAAUCUCUACGAUGUAUCGACAUAGAAGACGCACAAGAAGUGAGAUAUCGAGAAAAAUGCGAAAAUGUUUCCACGUCGCUAAAGGAAAGAGCGCAGUUGCUAGCCGAAUUUGUGGUGGAGCAGAUGUGUGGAACAACCCAAGAGAAGGACUGUACCAUGCCCUCCGUGGCCUUACACUUGUCGGACUUAAUGAAUGACCUGGAUUCUUGUGUGAUAGGUCUGGGAUGGGUCCGCUGUGGUGGCGCGUUGGAGAGAGCACUUUUAUACAAGGUGUUGGCUGACCGCGUCGGCUUGCCGUGUGCGCUACACAGGCGAAGCAGCGCGCAUGCUUGGUGCGAAGUGGCUGUUCCUGAGCUGGGCCCGGAAAAUGAGACGAAGGAAGAGAACUACCCUGCAGGCUUACUCCGCGCUAAUUACGUGGUGGACCUGAUGGUGAAUCCGGGGCGUCUCCUGCCGCUAGGGGGCGAGGACGCGAGACGUGUGUGCGGGUGUGAUCCCUCGCAACCCAGUUAUACGUCGCGCGGGGCUACGGGAUGCUUCUGCAAGCCGGAGACGCUAAAAACUUCGUAACAAAAAUGUUAACGGAAAACACCACACCAGCUCGGAAAGACUUACUUUGCACUUCAAAAACGGAUAGUAAAGUUACACUUUGCUAUCAGUAAUUCACAUGUGAGGCAAAGUAAUCAAAUGCAAAUUUUGAGUUGUUUUCCUAUGUUUGCUGGCAGAAUUGACUUUUAAAUGAUGAUUCUGGAUGAUAAAUAUUUAAUAACAUUCAUUUGGAUUUGAUUUGGUUUAAUUUUGUUUGAUAUUUUACAUUUAAUAUUUGCUUCGGGUUGGUGUGGUGAAAAAUUUUGUGUUUCACUCGGGGGCAAAUUUUGUUUAACCCUCGUGCUUUGAAACCCUCGCAACGCUCAAGAUUCCAUUUUCGAAAAACUCGCUACGCUCGUGGUUCAAUUUUGGAAUCUCUCGCUUGCUCGGGUAUCAAUAUUAGCAUGAGCGGUUAAACAACUACUUUGCCCCAUUCUAAAACAAAUAACUAUUAUGUAAGUGAAUGUCCCAAAAUUAUGCGUGCUGGGUAGGCUAUUUGUUCGUUCCACUCGCUGUGGAGGUGGUACUCGGAGGCACAUUCCUGCCUGAGGUCGGUAGUCGGUUGCAAGAGAGGGGACUUGAUCCCCGCUCCGGGUCAUUCCUGGUGCGGUGCAAAGGUAUAGGUACAACGCAAUUCAACGCGGAAACGCUGCGAGCGUAUUGGGUACUUUUGCACCGGGAAUGAUUCGCGGUGGGUUAAUUAUUUUAUUUAACUAGAAAGUUUUUGGGUGUUUUCAUGCAUGUUCUAAUUUGUUUUUAAGUAACUUGUUUAAGUUUUGUUUUUCUUUAUUGUAGUGUAUUCGUCUUAUGUAA